AUGGCCAAGAAAUCGGUGUCCGAGGUCCAAGUAUGCCUAGAUCUGGAAGACGAAAUCUUGUCUAGAGCCAAGAAUAUCCAAACCCGCCUGGAUCGCCAGUGUAUUGAAACUGAGGAGAUCAACAAGACCCUCAAGGCCACUCUACAGUCUUGGUUAGACCAGUCAGCCUCUGAGGAAGGGGACGUGUUGGAUGCCUUCCAGACCAGUCCAUCCACUGAAUCGCUCAAGUCCACCGGCUCUGACCAUGGCAGCCGGCAGCUUGCACGGAGACGUGGCCAGCAGCAGGAGACUGAAACUUUCUAUGUUCUGAAACUUCAAGAAUAUUUAAGCUGCAGAAGUAUACUCUUUAAGCUGCAAGCAAAACAUGAGAAACUACAGGAGGCUAUUCAAAGAGGCAACAAGGAAGAUCGUGAUGGUUCACAAUCUUGCUCGACUAUGACUAGAUCCCAAAGGAAUCGGCGUCUUCGGCCUAGUUCCCAGUACAAUCACAAACUUUUUUCAGGAGACAUGGAAAAGUUCAUCCAGAGCUCUGGCCAAGCUGUCCCUUUAGUUGUAGAAAGCUGUGUCCGCUUCAUCAAUCUACAUGGUCUCCAGCAUGAGGGCAUUUUUCGAGUGCCUGGAGCACAACUGAGGGUCACAGAAAUCCGCAAUGCCUUCGAGAGAGGUGAGGAUCCUUUGGUAGAUGGCUACUCUGCUCAUGACUUGGACUCUGUGGCUGGCGUACUAAAACUCUAUUUCCGUGGCCUGGAGACGCCACUUUUCCCAUUAGAGAUGUUUGGGGAGAUGCUGGCUGCUGUGGAUCUGGAGAGCCCUGGAGAACGGAGAGAAUUCGUGAAGGGCAUCGUGAGCCGCCUGCCGGGGCCAGUGCUGGUGGUCCUCCGUUAUCUCUUUACCUUCCUCAAUCACCUGGCCCAGUACAGUGAUGAAAACAUGAUGGAUCCUUACAACCUGGCUGUGUGCUUUGGGCCCACCCUAGUGGUUGUGCCACCCGAGCAGGACCCAGUGGCAGUGCAGAGCCGAGUAAACCAGCUGGUUCAGACCCUUAUCUUAGAACCCGAGCUGAUCUUCCCAACCUCGACUGCACUUCCAGGGCCCCUCUAUGAGAAGUGCAUGGCCCCACCACAUGACGAUUUUGGGGAUCCUCAGCUGGAUGCCACAGCAGAAGAGAAUGAGCAGGACCUGCCUGUGGAGACAUCAGCCACUAAAGAGGAGACUUCCAUCCCAAUCCCAGAGAGCUCCAAGGAUGCCUCAUAUUGUUCGACCCCAGUCCUUGAGUGCGGGGAGUCUUUGGAGGCUGUGGCUUGCUUUGACUAUGUAGGCCGCACACCCCAGGAACUUACUUUCCAGCGUGGAGAUUUACUGUGUCUGCACACCCGAGCCUCCGGAGAAUGGUGGCGUGGAGAGCAUGCAGGCACCCUGGGGCUCAUCCCCCACAAAUAUAUCAAGGUGCCUGACAAGGCAGAGAAUCAAGCGGUUUUACAGGAGGGACAGGGAGAAGGCGAGCUGGUCCCCAAAAACGAGGACCCUGUAGUGGAGCCUGUGUGCCGAGUUCGCACAAAUUCAGCAGGUACCUAUAGCAAGGCUUCCUCCAAAUCGAGAGGUGGCAAACUGACUUCGCCUUUUCUUGAUCCUACCUACCACCCCAUGGCAAGCGGCCGAGCUUUGUCGCCUUCUGACAGAUCAGAACGCUGGAAUGCAAUGGAUAUGCCAGGUCCCUCUGGGUACAACUGGCACUGCCCGGCCAUCAUCACCGGUGAUAAGAAAUGGGACAAAUGGGACGCUGAUAAGAAAUGGGACACUGAUAAGAAAUGGGAUGCUGAUAAGAAAUUGGAGGUCGAUAAGAGCGUGGCCCAGAAGAUGGAAUCUGUCUUUAAAGAGCUCUUGGGAAAGGCUCAUACCCGGCACCUGCCGAAGACCUCAGAGAUACUUUUGAGCUCCCCUGAGGCCUCCUGCUCCGCUGCACACAGCUGGUGGCCCCUGGGACCCUCCCGAGCUGGGAAGAACAAGGUUUUCUCUAGAGGCGCUGGGGGCCACGACCAGUUCUGAGCUCCUUUUCCGCCCCUGCUAUUUCUUCACAGGUGUAUGGGACCUCGCCUGUCUUCAUUUACCUUAACUCAAACCUUUCUGUCUACAUUCCCUUUCCCUUUUUUCCUCUUGAAAAACCGGAAUAAAGUUGAAGGUCCG